AUGGCGAAUCCUAAACAGUUGGUCUCUAAGCGCAACCGGUUCGAUGAACCGGAGACUAGCAGCAGCUCCGAUGACCAAGAACCAGACCCGCCCGUCACCAGAUCCAAGGCGUCGAACAAGGCCGACAAUAAUAAUGCUCCCAGCCCACCGACGAAGGACUCCGGAAGGGCUUCUAAGUUCGAGACUCAUGUGGUGGAAAAGGCCAGAGAGCCGGUGCCGGACGACAUGGUGGCCGCUAUCGCCCGGAAUCAUGUGAAGUCAUCGUACAUCAACAUGAGGCUCAUGAAUCACCGCGGUGUCGGAUGUGAAGUGGAUAAGGACGACCUCAUGUCCAUCGAGGACGAUCAGUGGAUUACUGAUGGUGUUAUCGACUUCCACAACGUGCUGCUUAGCAUCCGGAAGCCAAAGCUCCGUGACGGGAAGACAUGGGCCGCCAUGGACUGCAAGGCUUACACACAGACGAAUGCGUGUGGAGCGCCGUUAACUCUGGGAAAUGGGCGGCCGCUUCUGGAACACGAUUAUCUGGCGGUCCCGGUGCUGGAGUCUGAGCACUAUUCCCUCGUCAUCGCUAUAAACCCAUCGGUGCUCACCAAGUCGCCUAAAUCUAAGGGCAAAGAGCACUUGACGUUGGUCUUGCUGGACAGCGCGAUCAAAACUCGGAAUAGCCGCAAGAUUUUUGCAGGAACAAAGCUUUUGCUGUCCGAACUCGCAAAGGCGAGUACCCCAAACGCGAACAUGGAGUUUGUGGACAAGACUCUGACGGAGGCGGAAUGCAUAAUUCUACGGGAGGAUAAGCUGCCACAGCAGCCUAACAAGGAGGACUGUGGGAUUUUUGUUUGUCAGUACCUCAAGACCCUGGUGAAUACCGACUUCGCCACGAUUUUUUUGGGCCUCUGGUUUCAGGGGGUGACACCGCACCAAUACAGGCGGGAGAUGCGCCGCGACUUGUGUGCACACGCUUGCGGAGAUCUUAUGAAACUGCUGCAGGACCUGGGGAUUGAAAUCCCUCCGCAAGACGAAGGCUGGGUUACCGAUGAGGGGACAGUGGUGCAGGUGAGGAACGUUGCUAGGGGAGAUGGGAGGCAAGCACCGAUCACUCGCCCUGUGGAGGACGCACGGGUUACGGAGAUGAUGAGGCGAGUAGCCUCAUUGAGUAAUGAUGUUAGGUACCUGGACGCCAGCUUCACCGUGACCACCAACUUUGUAGGACUGAGGCGGGAAGAGGUGGUGUCCGCUGCAACCCAACUGCUGCUGCAUGGGGGUCUCGCGGGUACCGGCACGAAAGCGGAGGCGGGUGGCAACAAGAAUGCUCCACGCACACCACAGCGUCCGUCUGCCCGUAAGAGGCGGGAUGACAGCAGUCCUAAGGAGGAUGGCGUACGCAAUGCCACUCGUGUAGCGCUGGCCUCCACGUUCGCUGCAUGUGAGCCGACAUCGAGCCUGCUGCAGAACCCGCUGCUCUCCCACGGGGCCAUACCUCACUGGAUGUUCACGCGCGGGAGGCAGCUGCUCGGGGCGGAUGUGCCAGCUGGAGCUGACGCGUGGGGAGAUACGCUUGGGCAGGAGACGGUGAAGGCCGAAGAGGCGGAGGAUCUCGUGUCAGACUCAGACGAUGAUGAGGAUGACGAGGAUACGUGUGCCACCAGGUACACGGGUGUGAAGCUGGAGAAAGCAUCCGGCAAGUACAGCGUGAAGAUCCUGAUUAAAGAACGUGGAAAGCGUACGCAUCAGCGACUGGGAGCAUACACGACGGAGGAGGAGGCGGCGUUCGCGUACGCCGCAGGUGCGUUCGUGCUGAGGCCACGUGACAAGAUACCCAACACAGUCAGCCUGUCAGCCGCAGAGAAGGCGAUGCUGCGUGGAUGCACCAAGGAAGACUUGCAGAUCCUGGUGGAAGCGAGGAAGUGGUGGAGGUGGCGGAGCUGGCGUGAGGCGCUGAAGAGCGUGAGCAGCAAGCUGAAACGAGGGAGGAAGCGUGGGGGUGCCACAGUUGCUAUAAUGGAGACCUCGAUUGCUUCGGAGGAUACAAGGGCUGGAGACCGCUCCCGUCGUGUCUCGCUACCGCCGGCGUACCUGCGAGCGUCGUACCAGUUGACGAUGCCGGGAGGUCGACUGUCGAACGGGAAACGUGGUGCGACCAUUCUCAAGCGACAGAGCUUGUCCAAGAAGGGAAAGGAGGUGGCGCAGCCAGAGCAAGAUGACGGCACGGGUGCAAAGAGUGCAGAUUCGUCUGAGCGUAGUGAGGAGGAGGACGAGGAAGGCUCAGACACAUCGGCCUCAGGAUCACACGAAGAAUCCGCCGACCCUGCUACUGGGGGGAAGACUAACGAAGAUGGAUGUGCGGGAACAUCCGCGGCCAAUGCUGACAUGCGCGCAAAUCACGAGGCGCGGGACACGGAUGUGGCUCGAGGUGGCUCUCGUAAGCGCAAGGCUCAGAAGCAGAGAGACCCGGGGCAGGGUUGUAUGAACCCGAAGCGUCAGCGUAGCGAGACGUGGAGUGGCGGGUCUGACGAUGACGGCGAGGACGACGAGGACGACACGCAUGGUUCUGGUGGCCGUCAUAUGCGUACCGCCAAGUCUCCUAUUCUGCAACGCGCGUUGGAGCAUUUGCCGACGGACAAGGCGUGGAAGGUGAGCGAGCAUGUUUCCGUCUCCGGUCCAAUGUUCCGUCGUCGUGGGCUGCACUGUGGAACCGCUGAUGGUUACCUGUGUGCGCAUAUUUCAUUCAUCGUGUACACCAUACGUGCGCAGAGGGUUUGCGAGCUGGCCAGGGUGUACUUGUUUCUCAACAGGCCGACGUCGACGAUGACCUUCUACCCGAGCAGCGACGAUAAGACUCACGGAGUGUGUGCGGUGCUGGACCGCCUGCCGCAUAGCUUCGCCUGUUUGGCGUUGGCGGCUGACAAGUCGCGACGCGCGGAUCUCAACAAGACACUCUCUGAGUGGAAGACAAGGGCUGCCGCACGCGUGCGAGACAUUGCACUUCCCAAGCUCGGAUUGUUCCGCGACGACAGGGACGCAUCCAGCCCGUGGGCACCAGAGAAGGAACGCAGUAUCGAGAAGAUCCGGGAGCGCAUUGGUCUUGGCGCUGACCCCCCUGACCGUGAUGGCAUGCCGUUCGCCUCUCGGGCGUUCGCGACAUGUGCGAAGGCUGCAUUCAGGCGUAAGAAGGCCGGGCUGGUGAUGACUCUAAAGGUGUACCACCUGGCCUGGUUGGAGCAUGUGAUAUCCGACUGCGUCCUCUACUGGGAGGAGAGGAAAGGCCGGCUUUCCAACUCGGCCGGCGGAAACGCUCACGUUGUGGACGGCCUCAAGGUCCUGGUGAAGGAGGCCGUGGAGAGGGCGAUCCGGAUCCGCAACCCGGAGUAUGUCGCGGAGCGGGAGGCGUGGAUCUGGGGGCGCCAUGGACUGCGCAUCUCUGCGUGCGGCCUGGAGCACAUGAAGCCCACUGCCGCAGCUCAGUCCGAAGACCUAGUGGGGGAUGACGACCUUUCGGCGUCAGUCGGUGAUGACGCUUCAGCCGCAGCCGCCGCGGCGUCUGCCGCUGCUGGAGGCAGCAAGCCCUUGGCGAAAAAGCCGGAGAUAGUGACACUUAACCGUGUGAUAGUAGCGGAGACCUUUGUUCAGCCGCUGACGACGACGACGACGAUCGCGAUCCGGAUCGCGAGCAGCAGCAGCGGCGGCGGCGGCGGCGGCGGCGGCGGCGACGGCGGCGACGAGGCGGAGAUGAAGGAGGCGCGAAGCGACAGCGACAAGGACGACGAUGACGAUGACGACGACGACGAGAAGAAGGCGAGCGACAGCUCGAGCGACAGCGACAGCGAUAGCGACAGCGAGUCGGAUCGGGUUUCGGGGUCGAGCAAAGACGAUAGCGAGGGAGGGGGAAGGGAGGAAGGGGGAGACGAGGCGAUAGGGUCACCCAAUCCGGAUGAGAAGGAGGGAGAGAAAGAGGGGGAUACCGUAAACGGGACGGACGGGACGCACGGUGGCGGGAAGGAGAAUGGGAAGAGCGAGGAGGGUGCUAGUAUGGAUGUGGGGGAGGAGGGGAAGGGAGAUGCGCGGAAUGAGGAGGGGAGAGGGAGCGAGGGCGGAGGAGCGGAAAUGGGGAAGGAGGAGGAGAUGAAAGCAGGCGUUGCUGCUGGUGCUGGUGCUGGUGGUGCUGGUGCUGUUGCGGGCGAUUCAAGUGCUCCGGUUGAUGCUAUGGAGGAAGAGGCGGAGCAUGCGGGGGAGGUGAGGGCGCAAGCGGACGCGGACAAGGCGGAAGACUCGCGGGGAGAAGGGGAGGAAAGACAGGCGGAGGGAUCGGCGCACAGCCCGCAGGCGGGUGGCGCGGACGGGGAGGGGAAGGACAGGCGGAGGGGAAAGGAAGGGGGGAAGGAGUCCGCGGAGGGGGAUCAGGGCGCGGAGGAGGAGGGGAAAGACCCGGGGAUGGAGCUAGAGAUGAAGGCGGAAGAGGAUACACUGGCGGAAGAGGCGGAGCAGGCAGCGGCGGAGGCGGAAGCGGAGGCGGAGGCGGAAGCCGCCGUGGCGGCAGCAGCCGCUGAAGCAGCGGAGGCGGAUGAGAAGAUGGGGGGGGGCGGGGAGAGGGGAGGAGGCGGAGGGGCAGGCGGAGGCGGAGGCGGCGGGGGAGGGGGAGGCGGAGGGAUGGAUGAGCCAUCACAGAGGCCUCCGCAUGGGUCGGAGGUAUUCGUGGGGGGGAUCACGAGGGAUAUUUCAGAGGAGGAUAUUCGGGAGCUCUUCUCUCAGAUAGGCGACAUAUACGAGGUGCGCGUGUUAAAGGACCGGGAGACGGGCAACCUCAAGGGGUACGGCUUCGUGACAUUCUUCAACCGCCAGCACGCCGACAAGGCCAUUGACACGCUCAACGGCUCUGAGAUCAAGGGCAAGAAGCUCCGAGUGACCCCUUCACAGUCCAAGUACCGCCUGUUUGUGGGCAACAUUCCCAAGAGCUGGUCGCGGGACGAACUGCACACCACGCUGGAGGCGGAGGGCAAGGGCAUCACCAACCUCGAGCUGCUCAUGGAUCCCAAGCUGCCGGGGCGCAACCGCGGGUAUGCGUUCGUGGAGUAUCACAACCAUGCAUGUGCGGAGGUGGCACGGCGGCACAUGACAGCGCCCUCCUUCCGCCUGGCGGGCAACGUGCCCACCAUCAGCUGGGCUGAGCCGCGCUCUGAACCCGACCCUUCAGCUAUGGCGCAGGUGAAGGUGAUAUACGUGAAGGGAAUUUCCGAGAAGGUGACAGAGGAAGAUCUGAAGGAGGCGUUUCAGCGCUUUGGCGAGGUCACGCGCGUCAUCCUGCCGCCGCCGCGCCCGGGGCAGCCGAAGCGGGACUUUGGGUUUGUGCACUUUGCAGAGAGGGCGGACGCACUCAAGGCGAUCGAGACGCAGGAGAAGGUGCUCGUGGAUGCGAAGCACUCUAUACGGCCACCCCCAUCCCAUCCCCCCUCUCCUUCCAUCCCAUCCCCCCCUCCUUCCUCCAUCCCAUCCCCCCCCCUCUCCUUCCAUCCCAUCCCCCCUCUCCUUCCAUCCCAUCCCCCCUCUCCUUCCAUCCCAUCCCCCCUCUCCUUCCAUCCCAUCCCCCCUCUCCUUCCAUCCCAUCCCCCCUCUCCUUCCAUCCCAUCCCCCCUCUCCUUCCAUCCCAUCCCCCCUCUCCUUCCAUCCCAUCCCCCCUCUCCUUCCAUCCCAUCCCCCCUCUCCUUCCAUCCCAUCCCCCCUCUCCUUCCAUCCCAUCCCCCCUCUCCUUCCAUCCCAUCCCCCCUCUCCUUCCAUCCCAUCCCCCCUCUCCUUCCAUCCCAUCCCCCCUCUCCUUCCAUCCCAUCCCCCCUCUCCUUCCAUCCCCCCCCCUCUCCUUCCAUCCCAUCCCCCCUCUCCUUCCAUCCCAUCCCCCCUCUCCUUCCAUCCCAUCCCCCCUCUCCUUCCAUCCCAUCCCCCCUCUCCUUCCAUCCCAUCCCCCCUCUCCUUCCAUCCCAUCCCCCCUCUCCUUCCAUCCCAUCCCCCCUCUCCUUCCAUCCCAUCCCCCCUCUCCUUCCAUCCCAUCCCCCCUCUCCUUCCAUCCCAUCCCCCCUCUCCUUCCAUCCCAUCCCCCCUCUCCUUCCAUCCCAUCCCCCCUCUCCUUCCAUCCCAUCCCCCCUCUCCUUCCAUCCCAUCCCCCCUCUCCUUCCAUCCCAUCCCCCCUCUCCUUCCAUCCCAUCCCCCCUCUCCUUCCAUCCCAUCCCCCCUCUCCUUCCAUCCCAUCCCCCCUCUCCUUCCAUCCCAUCCCCCCUCUCCUUCCAUCCCAUCCCCCCUCUCCUCCAUCCAUCCCAUCCCCCCUCUCCUUCCAUCCCAUCCCCCCUCUCCUUCCAUCCCAUCCCCCCUCUCCUUCCAUCCCAUCCCCCCUCUCCUUCCAUCCCAUCCCCCCUCUCCUUCCAUCCCAUCCCCCCUCUCCUUCCAUCCCAUCCCCCCUCUCCUUCCAUCCCAUCCCCCCUCUCCUUCCAUCCCAUCCCCCCUCUCCUUCCAUCCCAUCCCCCCUCUCCUUCCAUCCCAUCCCCCCUCUCCUUCCAUCCCAUCCCCCCUCUCCUUCCAUCCCAUCCCCCCUCUCCUUCCAUCCCAUCCCCCCUCUCCUUCCAUCCCAUCCCCCCUCUCCUUCCAUCCCAUCCCCCCUCUCCUUCCAUCCCAUCCCCCCUCUCCUUCCAUCCCAUCCCCCCUCUCCUUCCAUCCCAUCCCCCCUCUCCUUCCAUCCCAUCCCCCCUCUCCUUCCAUCCCAUCCCCCCUCUCCUUCCAUCCCAUCCCCCCUCUCCUUCCAUCCCAUCCCCCCUCUCCUUCCAUCCCAUCCCCCCUCUCCUUCCAUCCCAUCCCCCCUCUCCUUCCAUCCCAUCCCCCCUCUCCUUCCAUCCCAUCCCCCCUCUCCUUCCAUCCCAUCCCCCCUCUCCUUCCAUCCCAUCCCCCCUCUCCUUCCAUCCCAUCCCCCCUCUCCUUCCAUCCCAUCCCCCCUCUCCUUCCAUCCCAUCCCCCCUCUCCUUCCAUCCCAUCCCCCCUCUCCUUCCAUCCCAUCCCCCCUCUCCUUCCAUCCCAUCCCCCCUCUCCUUCCAUCCCAUCCCCCCUCUCCUUCCAUCCCAUCCCCCCUCUCCUUCCAUCCCAUCCCCCCUCUCCUUCCAUCCCAUCCCCCCUCUCCUUCCAUCCCAUCCCCCCUCUCCUUCCAUCCCAUCCCCCCUCUCCUUCCAUCCCAUCCCCCCUCUCCUUCCAUCCCAUCCCCCCUCUCCUUCCAUCCCAUCCCCCCUCUCCUUCCAUCCCAUCCCCCCUCUCCUUCCAUCCCAUCCCCCCUCUCCUUCCAUCCCAUCCCCCCUCUCCUUCCAUCCCAUCCCCCCUCUCCUUCCAUCCCAUCCCCCCUCUCCUUCCAUCCCAUCCCCCUCUCCUCCUUCCAUCCCAUCCCCCCUCUCCUUCCAUCCCAUCCCCCCUCUCCUUCCAUCCCAUCCCCCCUCUCCUUCCAUCCCAUCCCCCCUCUCCUUCCAUCCCAUCCCCCCUCUCCUUCCAUCCCAUCCCCCCUCUCCUUCCAUCCCAUCCCCCCUCUCCUUCCAUCCCAUCCCCCCUCUCCUUCCAUCCCAUCCCCCCUCUCCUUCCAUCCCAUCCCCCCUCUCCUUCCAUCCCAUCCCCCCUCUCCUUCCAUCCCAUCCCCCCUCUCCUUCCAUCCCAUCCCCCCUCUCCUUCCAUCCCAUCCCCCCUCUCCUUCCAUCCCAUCCCCCCUCUCCUUCCAUCCCAUCCCCCCUCUCCUUCCAUCCCAUCCCCCCCUCUCCUUCCAUCCCAUCCCCCCUCUCCUUCCAUCCCAUCCCCCCUCUCCUUCCAUCCCAUCCCCCCUCUCCUUCCAUCCCAUCCCCCCUCUCCUUCCAUCCCAUCCCCCCUCUCCUUCCAUCCCAUCCCCCCUCUCCUUCCAUCCCAUCCCCCUCUCCUUCCAUCCCAUCCCCCCUCUCCUUCCAUCCCAUCCCCCCUCUCCUUCCAUCCCAUCCCCCCUCUCCUUCCAUCCCAUCACCCACUCUCCUCACCCCUCCCCCUUCCCCCUCUCCCCCGCCAACCCAUACACCAGUCCACCAGGCAAGGAGGUUGAGGUAUCCCUAG